AUGGCGUUGUAUAGAACCUCCGAGGCUUUGAUGUGCAGGGCGUUUCCCACUACCCUGAGGGGGCCAGCCCGCACAUGGUAUAGCGGCCUAAAGACCGGGACUAUUGCCUCCUUCGACCAGCUCGUUAGAGACUUCGAGCUUAACUUCCUGGCCUACGCCCGGCCAAACCUGUCUGUUGCACUCCUCCUCGGACUCAACCAAAGAGAGGAUGAGCCCCUCUCCCAUUUUAUUCUUCUAGUCCCUUGUGGAGCGACCCCCCACCGCAGUACCCGAGAUGCUUCAACGAGCGAACCAGUACAUUGCAGCGGAGGCCUAGAUGACCGGGAAGCAGGAGGGCAUAAGCAGGUCAGGCUGGAGCCGACUCGAAGAGAAUCGCCUGCCACACCGAGACGCAGGUUGGACCGGCAUGACCCACCGACGUUAAGGUCCCUAUUGCCCUCCUUGGGCACCUCCCGAACGGAAGUAUUUCUCCAAAUAAGGGAAAAGGGGUUGCUUAUGACCCUCAACCCAAUGAAGAGCUCGCGGGCGCUCGCGAACCAGACGAGGUAUUGCCGUUUCCACCGGCAAACUGGGCAUGACACUAAGGAGUGCCGUGAGUUGAAGUGGCAGAUCGAGGGGCUCAUCCAUAGAGGGCACCUCGGUCGGUACCUCCGACAAAGUAAGGAGCUGUCGCCCCGCCCGGAGGGUCCCGUUGAGCGCCAGAUCAACGUGAUCACGGGCGGCCCAGCGUCUGGAGGGAACAAUAUGUCCGGAAGAAAGGCAUACACCCACUCCACCGAGGUCGAUGCCCCCAGACACGGCCCCGAGCUCGAAGUCACGUUCCCACACGAUGGUGCUGAGCGGUCGGAGCAUGAUGAUGCUCUGGUCAUAAUAGCCAGGAUCACCAACGCCCAGGUUAGGAGGAUCAUGAUCGACACGGGGAGCUCAACCGACGUGCUCUACUUUGAUGCCUUUUAG